AUGUUACUGGACUCAAUGGUUGCUGAGGAUGUGGCCGUGGACUUUACACAGGAAGAAUGGGCUUUGCUAGAUCUUGCACAGAGGAAACUCUACAGAGAUGUAAUGAUGGAAACUUUCAGAAACCUAGCCUCAGUAGAGAAGCCUUAUGAAUGUAAGGAAUGUGGGAAAGCCUUUAGUGAGGCCUCAUCCCUCACACAGCAUUUCAGAAUUCACAGUGGAGAGAGGCCUUAUGAAUGUAAGGAAUGUGGGAAAGCCUUUAGUCAGUCAGCACACCUCACGACACAUAUACGGACUCACAGUGGCGUGAGGCCUUAUGACUGCAAAGUCUGUGGGAAAGCUUUCACUCAGGCUUCAUCCCUCACUAAACAUAUAAGAACACACAGUGGAGUGAGGCCUUAUGAAUGUAAGGAAUGUGGAAAAGGCUUUAGGUGUUCCUCACACCUCACUCAACAUGUAAGAAUUCACAGUGGAGAGAGGCCUUAUGAGUGUAAGGAGUGUGGGAAAGCCUUUAGGUGUUCCUCACAUCUUACUAAACAUAUAAGGAUUCACAGUGGAGAGAAGCCUUAUGAGUGUAAGCAGUGUGGGAAGACCUUUUGUCAGGCCUCACAGCUCACUACACAUGUAAGAACUCACAGUGGGGAGAGGCCGUAUGAGUGUAAGGAGUGUGGAAAAGCCUUUAGUGAUUCCUCAGCCCUCACUAUACACAUCAGAACACACAGUGGAGAGAAGCCUUAUGAAUGUAAGCAGUGUGGGAAAGCUUUCAGUAAUUCCUCAGCCCUCACCACACACAUAAGGACCCACAGUGGAGAAAAGCCUUAUGAGUGUAAGGAGUGUGGGAAGGCCUUUAGUUGUUCCUCACACCUCACGGAACAUGUAAGAACUCACAGUGGAGAGAGGCCAUAUGAAUUUGAACUGGCAGCUGAUGAGAUCCCUAAAUAG